AUGAGAAAUGAAAGCAAAGAAACACAACACAACACAACACAACACAAACAUUCUUCAGGAUUGGCAUCUAGGGACCAGGUCUUUGUUUCAAGAGAAGAUAAUACAAAACAUAAAAUCAAAGCUAUCACUUUCCUACUUUUGAAAAACCAGAAGACAGAUUCCCUGCAAUUCUCUAAAGCUAUCGAGAUCUCUAAUGAGCAUGCGAGCAAUCUUGACAGCCAAAUUGUACUUGAUGCAGAUAUUUUUCUGUCGAUUCUUCUCAAGUUACUUUCUUUUGUCAACUUUGCUGAUUCAUGUACCAAUCUAAAUUGUUUGGAGAACAUGGACGGGUCAGAGGUUAUGCAUCGUUUGUGGAAUCGGGAUAUUGCUUCUGUCCUGAACUUCCGAUAUAUACUUAACAAUCUGAGAUGUGAUGGGACUAUAUCUGUAAGGUUCACCCGCCUCAUUCGGAUCGGACGUAUCAGAAGAAAAGCAGAAGAAGAUCUCCAGGAGGGUCGUCGUUUGAGACAAAGACUGACUAGACUUCAAAGAAGAUAA